AUGCUUCGGAGAGGGCUGUUGAAGUUCGUGGACAGGGAGCCCGUGGCCGCGGUUUCGCUGGGGCUGGGCUUCUUCGGAUUCUCGCUGCCGUUCAUCGUGCCCCCCAUCAGACAGAGCCUCGGGCUCUGCACCAAGCAGAGCUCACCGACAUGCGAGCUUCCUAAGCCAAGAAUGGCGCCGGGAGUAGCUCAAUCGGGCUGACUUGUCCGAAACGUUGUCGGCUCUAAAACCUCGCGUCUAAAUAGGUUAUGUUGGGUCUUACAGACUGGUAUCUCGCAGCAAAGCAGAAUGGUGCGGUCGUACAAGCGCAGACGGUAAGAUAUUUGAACGGAGUCGUAAAGUUUGGCCGCGCCGCAUCGCGGAAUCGCCGGGGAGCGGAGGAAUGCCAGAGUCCUGCGUGCCUAGCCUCGGUCCCGGCUUACGUCUCGGUGCUAGAGCGUCAUGUUUUAGUUAGCGGCGGUGGUCCACGGCGUGAGGCAGGGCUGCCGAUGGGCGACGACCUUGCUCGGUUGGAUGAGAUGAUCUCUCCGUCUUUGGAUGUGUGAUACCUUAAGAGGGGUGAUCGAUGGGUGGGGAUCUCAGGUUAUUUUUUCGGUGGACGUCAGUCGCGGGGGUGCAGAGCUGGGUCCUACGACGAUGGGAAGCAUAUGCUUCACAAACGAACAUGGUUCACGCGGUGAUGGCGGCAAGACGUGUGGGUGCAGUGCCGUGUUUGCGGCGCCUGGCCGUGCGCGGAAAUGGCACAACACUGCCGUUCAUGUGAUGGAAAUACUGUUCUUAUCGCGGGUUCGCUGAUCAGACAUGGAUAAUUGCGUCUGCGUCGGUUGAGGGUGUACAGGCUCGCAGAACAUCUCUUCGAAAUGGCUUCACGUUGGAUUUGAGGUAACCGGAAUGACGCAUGUUUUUCGGCUGUCUUGUCGAAUACCUCGUGUUAGGGUUGUGGCAUUCUGUGUCGAG